AGGAGGGCAGCAGCGGCGCAGACACACACACACACGGAGGCAGGUCAGCAUGGCUCGCUGGAGGAUCCCCCUGGCCCUCUUGUCCUGCCUGUGCCUCGCUCUGGCCUACGAGGACGACAUCGAGGUCAACUACGCUGACAACUACUACAACGAAAUCAGCCAGGGAGAGACGCCGGAGCCUACACCGAGCACCACGCCCUGCCGCGCUCCGGACCUCACCAAGUGGGACAAGAUCUUCUCCAUGCUGGAGAACAGUCAGAUGAGGGAGACCAUGCUGCUCCAGUACGCUGAUGACAUCAUCAAAGUGGAGAUGAGCUCCGUGAAGGGGGAAAUCCUCCGGUUUCUGGCGGAGUACGAAGGCUCCUGCGGGCUGGCAGUUGAGGCGGCAGGAAGACGGGCGGCGGCGCAGGUGGAAGCUCGCCUGCGAGAGACCCUUUCCUCAGCUGGUGGUGGGAGUUCAGCGGUGGAGGAGAUGCUGCGGGAGCUUCUCUCCACAGUGCAGUCGCAGGCGUCCCGGCUUGCCAAGCUGGAGAGCAGCUGCUUCAGCAGCCCGGGAGCAGAGGAGGGGGCCGCGCUCCAGCCUGCCCAGCUCGGCGGUGACGGGCUGGAGGGGCUGCUGGCUGCGCUGCAGGAGACAAGAGUGGAGCUGGAAGAGGCGCGCCGCUCCUCCAGGCGCAGAUACCUGCCCGCAGGCUGUGAGAUGGCCCUCCUGUUCCCCAUGCGAUCCCGCCGCAUCUUCACCUCCGUCUUCCCGGAUGCUCCGCUCUCACUUUCCUCCUUCACCGUCUGCAUGUGGGUCAAGCCCAACGCCGUCUCCAACAAGACUGUCCUCCUCUCCUACGGCAACCGACGCAACCCCUACGAGAUCCAGCUGCUGCUGAGCAAAGCCUCGGCCUUCCUCACCAUCGGAGGGGAGGCGCACCUGGUGGAGGCGGCCGGUGUGGUCAAGACCUCAGAGUGGAUGCACCUGUGCGGGGCCUGGUCCACCCAGCAGGGCCUGGCAUCCUUGUGGGCCGGUGGGAGGAAGGUGGCCUCCACCCCGGGGGUAGCAGAGGGCCACACCAUACCCGAUGGAGGCUCCCUGCAGCUUGGGCAGGAGAGGAACGGCUGCUGCCCCCCAGGUUCAGGGAGCAGAGUGUCGGGCUUUGAGGGAGGGUUCGAUGCCAAGUUGUCCUUUGCAGGGCAGAUGACGGGCGUGAACAUGUGGGACAGAGUUCUGUCCCAGAACCAGAUCGGCCAGCUGGCCAGGCGUGAGGGCGAAGGCUGCCAGCAGAGAGGAAACCUGGUGGCGUGGGGGGUGACGGAGAUGGUGCCUCACGGUGGAGCCCAGUUCACCAACUAAGAGACUCCCUUGGUGAAUCCUAUGGUCAAAAGCUUUGGUUUAAACUGAGGAAAAACUGCUCUCCGAGCCGUGAGCGGGUUGACGCUACCAUCUGAUGCUGGACGGUGAGAACGAGGCGCAGUGCGGCGCGACCUCUACUAGCUAAACCUUUAAACUCAUUCAGACACGGUAAAAAUACUAGGAGUUGUGCUUCACGGAACAGAGUCAGUAAACACACUGAAGACAAACGUCCCACACGUGUUGCCAGGUACAGCAAACUGAGGUGGAUAGGUCACGACCCAACCAGAACGGCGCUGUGACAGAAUGAACAGUGCUUCCUACGAGCUGUGAAAUAUAUUGUUGUGUUGGUCAUGCUGGAUUUUUGGAUCAUUUCAAAGGAAUAUUGUGUGUUUUAGGUGCAUUCGAUUGGUUUCUUCACCAGUAUUUGUUUACAUGAGCGUGUAUUAAAUAUCUCAUAUUCCUAUUGUCUUUUACUUAGGAGUGGCUAUUUGUUCUUUUUGAUAGAUGCGCCUUUCAUAUUUUCCAGAUGCGUGUUUUUUAUUAUUAUUAUUACGGUACUAUUCGAUACUCGAAGUAACUGAGGAUGAUGUUUACACAGUUUUUUGAAAUAUAUUUGGCAAGGAUGUUUGACGAUGUGGUGAAUGUAUUUUGUCCAUAUUUUGUGUAAGAUUGUUAGAUGGCUUCAUGUAGAAUGUAGGGACAUGAAUAAACACGUUUGUG